AUGAUUUCCACUUCUCUCCUUCUCGCCGUGCUUCUCAUCGCCAUCCUGGCCGUCGUCGAUGCCCAGUGGGGAUGUGAGUUUUACUUUCAUUUUUUUUUCUCUCGAAUCAUCCAAUAUUCUUGUUCAGACGGUGGAGGCCCGUACGGCGGAUACGGCGGUGGUCCAUGGGGCGGAUACGGUGGCGGACCAUACGGAGGAUACGGUGGCGGAUACGGAUGGAGAAGACGUUACGGCGGAGGCCCAUGGGGAGGAUACGGUGGUGGCCCGUACGGAGGAUGGUACGGAAAGUGA